CCGCGGUCCCUGAUCACUCGGCGAGUGUUUGCCAGCCAGUGAAUAACAAUCUCUCGGUCGAAAUAGGUAAACAAUUCGGUCUCGUGAAAGUUAAAUUCGAAUCGAACGUAACCGUCCACCAACUGUUUGCGUUUCCUGCCGAUUCGUCCCCAGUUCAGCGGGUCCGCGAAGAGAUGCUGAGCCUACUGCUGGUGUCAGCCCUUGUGUCACUGUCAUGGGGUGUACCGACGACCGUGAACGCCAAUGAGGUCGUGGCAGCCAAGGGGACCGAAGAGCUGUUAAAAAAGGCCAGAGACUUCUUGGGCCGUGUUGACCAGCAGUACGCAGAAUGGAACAACAAACAGACACUCGCUGAAUGGGAAUAUGCGUCGAACUUGAAUCCAGAGAACUUGGAGAAGAAACUGAACGUGUCCGUGGAAUCGUCUCGUGUGUACAAAUCGGUCUGGCAGGAAGUGAACGAGUUCCAAUGGAAGGAUAUCAAAGAUGAAAAUAUCAGAAGACAAUUUUCGAAACUCAGCGUCCUGGGCAUCGCGGCUCUUCCCGAAAACGCUGGCAGAGAUCGUGUUAUAAGCGAUAUGGAGAACAUCUACAGUACCGCGAAGAUUUGCGAUUACAAGAAUCAAACCAAAUGCGAUCUGGCUCUCGAACCCGAGCUAACGGAGCGUAUGAUGAAGAGCCACGAUCCUGAGGAGUUGAAGCACAUUUGGGUAAAAUGGAGGAAAGCAACCGGUGAAAAAAUGAAACCUUUAUACACGAAGUACGUCGAGCUGAGCAACAUGGCUGCAACAUUGAACAACUUCACCGACUACGCGGCUUUCUGGAUGAGAGACUACGAGGCUGAUGAUUUCCCUGAACAAAUUGAAACCAUUUGGCAACAAUUGAAGCCAUUUUACUUGCAACUGCACGCCUAUGUCCGGCGGGAACUUCGCAAGAAGUAUGGAGAAGACAUCGUCUCAAAGGACGGUCCUAUCCCAGCGCACUUAUUAGGCAACAUGUGGGCACAGUCUUGGAGUAACAUUGCAAAUUUCACAACUCCAUAUCCAGGAAAACAAUUGCCAGACGUCACCAAUGCUAUGGUCGAACAAGGAUACAAUGUAACCACAAUCUUCCGUGUCGCCGAAGACUUCUUCACAUCUAUAAAUCUUACCGCGAUGCCGGAUCUGUUUUGGGAGAGAUCGAUUUUGGAAAAGCAAAAGGAUCGCGAGAUGAUUUGUCACGCCAGCGCUUGGGACUUUUACGAUGGCAAGGAUUUCAGAAUCAAACAGUGCACAAGGAUCGAUAUGGAGGACCUGUUGACCGCGCAUCACGAAAUGGGCCAUAUCGAAUAUUAUUUACAAUAUAAAAAUCAACCCACUGUUUUCAAAGAAGGCGCUAAUCCCGGAUUUCACGAAGCUGUCGGCGAUGUUAUAGCACUCAGCGUGUCGACUCCUAGUCAUCUGAAAAACAUCAAAUUGUUGAAGGAUGAUUCCACCGACAAAGAGGCCGUUAUCAAUCACCUUUACUUGAAAGGCCUUGAUAAAAUUGCCUUUCUACCUUUCGCGUAUAUGAUGGAUAAAUGGCGCUGGAAUGUAUUUCAAGGAGCAGUUACCCCAGACAAUUAUAACUGUAACUGGUGGGAUCUAGUCGAAAGUUUUCAAGGCAUCGAGCCACCUGUAGAUAGAUCCGAAGAUGAUUUUGACCCUGGUGCGAAAUACCAUAUAAUAGCAGAUGUAGAGUACGUCAGGUACUACGUGAGUCUCAUAAUACAAUUUCAAUUCCACAAAGCACUUUGCAUAGAGGCAAAGGAGUAUGAUCCACAGAAUCCAAACUCGAAACCGUUACAUCAGUGUGAUAUUUAUAAUAAUAAAGCAGCAGGAAAUUUGCUGAAAUCUAUGUUGGAGUUGGGUUCAUCUAAACCUUGGCAAGAUGCAAUGGAAAAAAUAACGGGUCAAAGAAAUAUGGAUACCGCUGGACUUUUGGAAUACUUCAAACCAUUAAUAGAUUGGUUGACAGAGGAGAACAAGAAAACUAAUGAGUACAUUGGGUGGAAACCUAGAGCAAGACAAUGCGUACAAACUAGAUCAGAAUUGGCGGUUGCUGAAACGACUGAAUACAUUGAAAUAACUGAGACCACAGAAACGACUGAAGCGGUCUAGUAAAAAUAUUUUCGUUUCAUUAAAUAACUUCAAGAAACGCCCGUUUAUACUUUCGUACAAGAGGUGCAAUGAAAAUCGAAAUAGCACUUCAUUUUAGGUACAAUAAAUGAUUAAAACGUAUAAACGAUUGAGAUUGAACAAUGAGUAAAUACACUUCAAAAUAAAGAAUCCAUUCCGUUUUGCCGAAUAAUAAAAAUCACAUUCCAAUUUUACAAUA